AUGGCCGCAACUAUAUUCACACCACAAAACCAAAAUGCACAGCAACAGUCCUCCCGAGGACGCCCUGUGUCGACACCAAUACCAAUUCCCUACAGACCUCCAGACCUCGCUCAACCUCCACAACUGACACAGAGCUCAGUGCGUAGAGGCAACAUGUUUGGUCCGUAUCUUUUGCUACAGACUUUGGGUGAAGGUGAAUUCGGCAAAGUUAAACUGGGGAUGCAUGUAGACACCGGAGAGGAGGUUGCAAUAAAACUAAUCCGCAAAGAGUCUGUCGAUAGCCAAUCUAGACUUCAAAAAAUUGAGAGAGAAAUUGGUGUCCUAAGGAAUGUUAUGCAUCCAAAUAUUGUACGGCUAUAUGAUGUCUUUGAGACAGAGAAAUAUAUCGGGAUAAUACUUGAAUACGCCUCUGGGGGUGAACUUUUUGAUCACAUAUUGGCGCAUCGUUAUCUCAAGGAACGAGACGCCUGCCGACUUUUUGCCCAGUUGAUCAGUGGUGUCAAUUACCUACAUCAAAAAAAUAUUGUACAUCGUGAUCUGAAACUUGUAAGCCCCAAUAACAAUAAUGAAACGUACUUUGGAUUUGCCAACCAAUUUGAUAGUGCAAAAGAUGAUUUGAUGGCAACUUCUUGUGGAAGCCCAUGUUAUGCCGCCCCCGAGCUGGUUAUCAGUGAGGGACUUUAUGUUGGAAGUGCCGUGGAUAUUUGGAGUUGUGGCGUUAUAUUGUAUGCCAUGUUAUCGGGAUAUCUUCCUUUUGACGAUGAUCCGUUAAAUCCUGACGGGGAUAAUAUUAAUUUACUUUACAAAUAUAUUAUUAAUACACCCCUUGUAUUUCCGGAUUACGUGAGUCCGGAUGCAAGAGAUUUAUUAAGGAAAAUGCUUGUUCCUGAUCCAGCUAAAAGAUGUGAUAUGAGAGCAAUAAUGUCGCAUCGGUGGCUUGCACCUUAUUCGGCUAUUUUCGAUUUUACUGUACAAGAAUUAGAGGCCGCAGCUAACCCAGUAGCAUAUGUACCACCACCAGAAACAUAUAUCCCGACAGCAAUGUCUGUACCCAGUAACAGUUACUUGACGACAGACUUUUUGGUGGAUUCAAAGACACGUAAUGAUAGCAUGCAAACACCUGCUGCAGUCAAACGUCAUACAAUUCAAGUUGAAUAUGAUUAUCCAGACAGUAAUGGAUUCAUUGAUUACCCGGGAGACGAGGAAUUUAUGUUUGCUGAUGGUACACGUUUAGGCAGCAGUAGUUUGGUGCCAACACCAGAGGAAUUUGAUUUACCAGAUGUAGAAGAAGGAGGAUUUUCUAAUGGCAAUUACAUUAAUGGAUCAUUACCUCCUGCCAAGAUGAAUGCAUCAUUAUAUGCUCAAACAGAUAAACAUUAUAGUGCAACGUCGACAAUUUCUGCUACCUCUGUAAGUAGUGAUACUGGUAGUACGCCUCCGGAAACUAUCGGAAAAAGUUCUACUGGUAAUGGAUCCGGACUUUUUACUUUAUUUGAAGGUGAACAACAACAUAAUAGCAACCCCGAGAACAAUAAUCACACUACCAACGGACAUAUAUUAUCGCCUCUUAAUGAGUAUCACCAAAAUUCAAAUCAAGAAGUUCAAUCGGAUGAACAGAAAAGCAGUUCUUCACAAACACCCAAAAAGCGUGAUGCUCCACGUACCAGACCUGUUACAGUUCAUGGUCCUCCUUCUGGCAAUCCCGAUUUUCUGUCAAAUUAUAAAACACAAAACCCAUCACCCAAAGUCGCCCCUUCAUCAUCAUCACCAAUCCCGCCCGUUCCCAGUAUUCACGAUUCAUUAACACCUUCCAAUAUAUUACAUCUCCCAACUAUUCCACCGCCGCCAACAGCUGCACACAAAAAUUCGUAUAAAAAAGGAUCUUCACAAGAAGCGGUAUUCAACGGCAUCACGAACAAAAAUAAGAAUCAAAUAAAUGCAAAGACAACAUCUAAACCUGUAAACGCGUUACAGGAGAAACCACUUACAUUGCAAUCAUCUUCGAUGACACAAGAUAUGCCAAUCGACAGCGGUUCAGAUACGAGUCUGGUUGAGGAAGUUAAUGUUCCCAACGAGCGACCUUCGAGAGGUGGCAAAAGAAAAGCUUUUAGCUUGAUGGUGGAUUCAUUAAAACUUCCAUUGACGCAGUCGGCAGCAACGCACGCUAAUCAAGGCACUACAAUAAAGGAGAAGAGAAAAACGAUCAGUGGUUCUACAACUAGCGGCAGUUCAAAUGCCGCGAAAAAAGUCAUGGAUUGGUUUAGAAGAAAAUCUUUGGCGAAAAGUCAUGAUGGUCCUAUUCUCCCAACUCCUGCUAAAAUGCCUAAAUUACAACAAGAGGCCAUUCCAAAUGGAACUUCUAGAUCAAAAAUUAACAAGUCAAAACCUCCAACUGUUAUAGUUUCUGACCCAUUAAAUACUUCACGUGCUUCCUCAUUUUCUAAUACCACUAACUCGCUUGCUAACGUCGAAUCAAAACUACGGGUACAUCAUGGUGCUGUCGAUCAGUCAGCUUUAACUUCACGGCCACCUUACGAGGUAUUCAUUGUAGUUAAACAAACCCUUGUUAGUAUGGGGAUAGAAAUUAAACGUGAAGGAGAAUUCAAGGUCAGAUGUGUUCGAAGAAAACGCAAGAAGAAACGAAAAUACUCUCCAGGUCCUUUUAAGACAUUAUUACGUAGAGCGAGUUCCAACAAUAGUCAAUUAUCAAAUUCUGUAUCAUCCACUGCAUCUUCACCGCCAAGAAAUUACAAGAAAAAAUCAACCCCUUCAGCAUCACCGACUUUCUUAACUACACAUAUUAAUGAAGAACCUCUUGCUUUGAAUAUGCCAGUUCCUGCAAUUGUUAGCAAUAACAGCAAUCUUGCUAGUCCCAACUCUCCUUCUAGUCCUCAAUUCGGUCCAACCAUGACAAUCACUACCCCUGAAAAUACUUCAAACAAUUAUUCAAAUUCGAUAAUUACAACCCCUGAAAUAUUGUAUGGGGAUCCAACAGUAGAUUCAGGUGAAGAGAUUCGUUUCUCGGUUGAAUUGUGCAAAAUCAAGAAUCUUCCUGAGCUUUAUAUAGUCGACCUUAAAAGGUUGAAAGGAAAUAUUUGGGCAUACAAAUUUUUAUAUCAUACACUCCUAGAGAAACUUGAUUUAAGUGGGAAAGGAGGUUAUUUAACGGUUGGAACCAGUGGCGUCAUGUAUACGCUGUUCAGUGGUCUGCAUGAGUACCUAACAAGAAAAGAAGAGUUUUACAUUUUAAUGCUAGGGCUGGACAAAGCUGGGAAAACGACAUUAUUAGAACGAAUCAAAUCAAUAUUCAACGGUGUAGUUGGUUUGUCGCCGGAUAAGAUUACUCAAACGGUGGGAUUAAAUAUUGGCAAAAUUGACUUGAAUCGUGCACGACUUAUUUUCUGGGAUUUAGGUGGUCAAACCGAGCUUCGUAGUCUCUGGGAAAAAUAUUAUGCAGAAUGUCAUGGGAUUGUAUUUGUUCUUGAUUCGACUGACAAAGAAAGAAUUGAGGAGUGUAAACAAGCCUUUGAAAGGAUAAUCACAAAUGAAAUGUUAGAAGGAAUUCCAAUUUUAAUGCUAGUAAACAAACAAGAUUUACCUAAUUCACUCAAAGUAGAGGAAGUGAGAGAGAUUUUCAAUAAGAUUUCUAUGAAAUUAGGUGCGAGAGAUUCACGGAUUUUAACCAUAUCAGCAUUAGAAGGGGAUGGAGUGAGAGAAGCCAUAGAUUGGUUAUAUAUACGAUUAAAACGUAAUCAGUCAAACAGACCACCAAUCUUUAAAUGA